CACAUGCGUACUUUAAACUGCAUGAAGCUUUGAUGACUUGCUUCAGGAUUAAUCCACUACUAUCGAGAGACAGGAUUUGAGGUCUUGUACAGAACAAGAGGACAACUGUCAGCUUUCUGCUGUUUCACUUUUUCACGUUUGAAGAGUUAGACUUCUGAUUAUGAGCGAACGGGAUUAUGAAGAAGGUGGUCCAAGCUCAGGUGAUGGGAUUCCAAGGGAAAGCAGCCCAUUUAUCAAUAAUGCAGUUAUUGAGGGAGACAACAUCUUUGAAGGGAAAAAUAUGGCUCUUUUUGAGGAAGAAAUGGAUAGCAACCCCAUGGUAUCAUCUCUUCUUAAUAAGCUAGCCAACUACACCAAUGUUACUCAGGGGGUGGUAGAACAUGAAGAAGACGAAGAUAGCAAACGUAAGGAAAUCAAGGCUCCACGUAUGGGCACUUUCAUUGGUGUGUACUUGCCGUGUCUACAAAACAUUUUAGGAGUUAUCCUGUUCCUUCGACUGACAUGGAUUGUGGGAACAGCAGGAGUUCUUGAAACUUUCAUCAUUGUAUUCAUGUGCUGUGCUGGUACUAUGCUAACUGCAAUAUCAAUGAGUGCAAUAGCAACAAAUGGUGUAGUUCCAGCUGGUGGCUCAUACUACAUGAUCUCAAGAUCACUAGGGCCUGAGUUUGGUGGAGCUGUGGGACUCUGUUUCUACUUGGGGACAACGUUUGCAGGGGCUAUGUAUAUUCUUGGCACAAUUGAAAUCCUACUGAAAUACAUUUCCCCCAAUGCUGCUAUUUUCAGUGGAAGCGAAGAAGCCGUGUUAAACAAUAUGAGAGUUUAUGGGACAUGCAUCCUUGCUCUGAUGGCCAUAGUCGUUUUUGUGGGAGUCAAAUAUGUCAAUAAGCUUGCCCUAGUGUUCUUGGCUUGUGUGAUCCUUUCAAUUAUUGCUAUUUAUGCUGGGGUUAUUAAAACUGCUUUUGAUCCGCCAGACUUUCGUAUUUGUCUCCUUGGAAACCGUACGUUAGUGAAAGGCGACGAUUACCCGUGUGCCAAAUAUAUUGAAAUAAACAAUAUAACAGUGACUACCUCGCUGUGGAGAAAGUUCUGUGAUAGCAGUCCCUUUCUAAAUGCAACAUGUGAUGAAUAUUUUCAACUCAACAAUGUUACAGAAAUUCAAGGAAUUCCUGGAGUUGCAAGUAGAGUCUUACUGGAUAAUUUGUGGAGUGUAUAUGGAGACAAAGGGGCAAUUGUGGAGAAACAGGAUCUUCCAUCAGUCCCUGCUCUAGAAGAGGCAAAAGUGAAAUCAGGCGCAUAUGUGUAUACAGAUAUCAUGACUUAUUUCACUAUGUUAGUCGGGAUUUAUUUUCCAUCUGUGACAGGCAUUAUGGCAGGUUCAAACAGAUCUGGAGAUCUUCGGGAUGCUCAAAAAUCUAUUCCAACUGGAACAAUUUUGGCUAUUUCCACUACAUCAUUUAUCUAUCUGUCUUGUAUAGUCCUUUUUGGAGCCUGCAUAGAAGGAGUAGUCUUGAGAGACAAAUUUGGAGAAGCAGUUAAUGGAAACCUAGUGAUCGGUACAUUGGCAUGGCCCUCUCCAUGGGUUAUCGUAAUCGGCUCAUUCUUUUCUACAUGUGGAGCUGGUCUCCAGAGCCUCACUGGUGCUCCCCGGCUGCUGCAGGCAAUUGCAAGAGAUGGCAUUGUACCGUUUCUUCAUAUAUUUGGGCAUGGAAAAUCAAAUGGAGAACCAACAUGGGCUUUGCUCCUCACCGCAUUUAUUUGUGAGAUAGGCAUCCUUAUAGCUUCUCUGGACAGCGUGGCACCAAUCCUUUCUAUGUUUUUCCUUAUGUGCUAUCUGUUUGUGAACUUGGCAUGUGCAGUCCAGACUCUUCUCCGUACACCAAACUGGAGACCGCGUUUCAAGUAUUAUCACUGGACUCUUUCUUUCGUGGGGAUGAGUUUGUGUCUUGCCUUGAUGUUCAUUUGCUCUUGGUACUAUGCCUUGGUUGCCAUGCUAAUAGCAGGAUGUAUUUACAAAUACAUAGAAUACAGAGGAGCUGAAAAAGAAUGGGGAGAUGGAAUUAGGGGGUUGUCCUUGAAUGCUGCUCGCUAUGCUUUGCUUCGGGUUGAACACGGCCCUCCUCAUACCAAAAACUGGAGGCCACAAGUCUUGGUUCUGUUGAAUUUGGAUUCAGAACAGUUAGUAAAACACCCUCGGUUGCUUUCCUUCACCGCUCAAUUGAAAGCUGGAAAGGGAUUGACCAUUGUUGGAUCUGUACUCCAAGGAAUAUAUUUGGAUAAAUACACAGAAGCUCAAAGGGCUGAGGAGAAUAUUAGGUCUUUAAUGGGACUAGAAAAAACCAAAGGAUUUUGCCAGAUUGUGGUGUCAUCCAGUGUCAGAGAUGGAAUUUCCCAUUUGAUACAAUCUGCUGGCCUUGGGGGAAUGAAACAUAAUACAGUCUUGAUGGCAUGGCCACAAUCCUGGAAGCAGACCGAUAAUCCCUUUUCUUGGAAAAAUUUUGUCGACACUGUACGAGUAACAACAGCUGCACAACAAGCUCUUCUAGUAGCUAAAAAUAUAGAUUUGUUCCCAGCGAAUCAAGAACGCUUCAGUGAGGGUAACAUAGAUGUAUGGUGGAUCGUUCAUGAUGGCGGCAUGCUGAUGUUGCUUCCUUUCCUACUGAGACAACACAAGGUAUGGAGAAAAUGUAAAAUGCGCAUCUUCACUGUAGCUCAGAUGGAUGACAAUAGUAUUCAAAUGAAAAAGGAUCUUCAAAUGUUUCUGUAUCAUCUUCGACUUAAUGCUGAGGUGGAGGUUGUUGAAAUGUUUGAAAAUGAUAUUUCAGCCUUUACAUAUGAGAAGACUCUUGUGAUGGAACAGAGAUCACAGAUGCUAAAACAGAUGCAGCUCUCUAAGAAUGAAAGGGAAAGAGAGAUUCAAAGCAUCACUGACGAGUCUCGUAGCUCAAUCAGAAGAAAGAGUCGUUCUAGCCCACAGUGUAUUGGUCAAGAUGUAGACCAUCUCCUACCUAAUGACAUUCAAGAGGAAGAGGCUCAAUUAAUCCAUGACAGAAACACUGCAUCCCACUCAACAGGAAUGGUUAAAUCUCACACUGCUAUUGCUACACCGGAUAGAGUACAAAUGACCUGGACAAAAGAAAAGCUUAUAUCUGAAAAGCAUAAAAAUAAAGAAACCUGUAUGACAAACUACAAGGAUAUCUUCAAUAUGAAACCAGAAUGGGGAAAUCUGAAUCAAUCCAACGUGAGAAGGAUGCACACCGCCGUCAAGCUCAACGGAGUUGUGCUAAAUAAGUCACAACAUGCCCAGCUGGUGUUAUUGAACAUGCCUGGACCUCCUAAAAAUAGGCAAGGAGAUGAAAACUACAUGGAGUUUUUGGAAGUUUUGACAGAAGGCCUGAACAGAGUUCUCUUGGUGCGAGGCGGCGGCCGUGAAGUCAUAACCAUUUAUUCCUAAUAAUUUGACUGAACGCACAUAUAGUACCAGUAGCAACAACUGUGCCUGGAUUUGAACGUGGGACUUUGGCAAAAUCUUGGGACUAAUGACUUUGAGAUGGCCUUGUGUUUCUUGCAGACAGAGUAGAAUUCAACAGUGGAAUCCUUCCCCCACACACACACACACAAAAAGAUUAUGUAAGCAAAAUUCUUUCCUACAUAGAUGUCUAACAUUUGUCUUUACUGAAGAAAUGUAUUAUAUACCUGUAUAUUUUUUUAAUGUAGAAAACUUGGAGACUGUUGUUGUUGUUGUUGUUGUUGCAAUGAGGGUGGGCGUGGAGAGACAUUCUUUUUGCACAUAAAUCCUAAAUAUGGCAAAUGGAAUAACGGCUAUUUUUGACAUAGGAACAGACAUUUAAGUUUUUAGCACUUUUUAUAAUGAUGGUUUUAAAAAAAAAAGAAAGGGUUUUGAGGAACCAUUUUAUAAGAGUCUGGUCUAACUUAUUUUGUACUAUUGAUCCUGCUGAGUGGUAAGCAGGUUCUGUUUCCAUAUCAAGUCUCUCUGAUUCUGUGUUUCAUCCACAAAUACAUGAAUUGUCUAGCAUUGUAUUUUAAUUAAAGAUUGUUGGUUGAAUAAAAAUCCUUUAAUU